AUGCCUGCACCUUCAAAGCUUACACAAGCACAAGAUGCCCCUCCUUCACGCACUCAAGCCCGUUCCAAGGCUGCUGCCCAAUUGUCACCAGAAUACCACAACAUAAUGCUUCGACACUCCCUCUCACCCAUCACAAUCAGAGCCCUCACCAGUCUCCCCAGAGCCGCUGAACCCCAAGAAAUCCUACGCUGCGCUUCUUCUGCAACCGAGCUCCGCUCCUUCCUCUUCCAUCCCUUCGAAAAGGGCGCCUUCUCCGGCAUCAACAACGACCCCUCCACGCGCUGGCCUAUCAAAGAGACGCUCGGCCAACCGUGGCACAAGGCAUUUCUUGUCGCUCAGUGCGAGGCAGCCGGCGGUGACUAUGGAGAAAGACUGUCUCUCACCGCCCGCAAGGACCUUCUUUCCACCAAACCAAAGAUCGUCAAGACUCUAGGCCAUGUUCUUCGUGCCUGUGCAGAUAUCAUGGGCGUCCGAAAAGACGCUGUCGUACCUGAUAUCGGCCCCAAAAAAGUAAAGACGCUGGUGGAGAGUGGUAUACUGACCGUCCGCCAUCUUGCUCAGCUGGAGUUCUUCCACAUUGAGAGACUGCUCUCCCGAAACCCGCCGUUUGGGCAUAAGAUUGUUCAAACCCUGGCGCACUUUCCUCGUCUCGUGCUCGCGGUAGAUAUUCCCAAGCGGAAUAGCAGUGACCAGGGCUUGGUAGUCAGGGCAGUGCUGGGCUGUUCAAACGUUGAAGUUCCUGUCUGGAAGGAGUCGGUGCCUUGGGUCAACCUGGCUGCCGAAAUCAAUGAUGGCCGGCUGGUUUUCUUUUGGAGGGGACGGGCCAAAAGUUUGAUGGAGGGGAAGGAGCUCGUGUUUCCUGUCGAAGCGACACCGAGCCAGACGGUGUUUGUAUGGGUUAGCUGCGAGGAGAUCGCCGGGACCGUGGUGACGGCAGAGGUUACCGUCUAA